AUGAAUGUAACGAGGAAGAAGGGCUAUUACGAUGUGAUAGCAGGUCUCUCUGCGUUCGAAUGUUCUCAGGAAGUUACUUUCAGCCGAGAAGAUUUGCAAGAGCUGGUAAAAGAGGAAGAAGAGCUGGCGAAGCAGAACGGUAAGCCAGAGGAGGACGUUAGGAGGAAAAGAACCACAGUUCACGGGUAUCUCGGUGGUAAAGUUGAUUUGAAUGAGGCGUCCAACGCGAGUUAUGAUCUGAGCCAUACUCUGCUUGGCGGAUACGUGCCCAAGAGACAGUUGGAAUCGUUAUCGAGCAUAGAUUUCGCACAUUAUUUCCAUAAAUCACUAGAGUGUGAAGAUGCGUUACAAAUAUACGAAGUUUUUGUUGGAAACGGGUAUGGUCAGAUCCCUCCCCAGCUUAACAGUCGAAUAGUCACUACACGAGAGAACACUAGCCCGGGGACUCCAGCGAGCGGCUCGGACAACAACGACAAGGAAACGAUCCCGCCCAAGAUGGUACGGAAGGUGAUUGUUUGCAGAAGAUGCAAAUCCCGGUUUGUCGGGCCCAGGAGGAAGCAAGAGCUUGAAAAACAUGAGUGUAGGCUCACGAGAGGCUAG